AUGGUACCUUCAUUUGUUCCAGUCCUCUUCACCGCAGCGCUACUGCUGAGAUUGUCACACUCAAGAACGCUCUUUCCCUUCGAACAAGAACAACUUACACGAGAGUAUGUCGCUUCAUUGCCGGCAGAAGAUGCACUUCUCUUCGCAUUUGAAGAUCAGAUCGUCGAAGUAGAAGCGGUCAACAACAUAGACAAGCGGUGUCGAUACGAUCCUUUAGACCAAAAAUGGCCGUCGACAAAGGCCUUGAACAAGUUGAAGAAGCAGCUGAGCUCACAAGGCGCAUUGAUCGUGCCAGUACCACAGGCGUCGGCAUGCUAUGGCACCACGAAGAAUGACGCGCAAUGUCAAGCAAUAACAAGCAACUGGACAAACUCGUACAGCCACAUCGACGACCCAAUCGAAGUUUUGUCACCACUCUACCAGGGUCUAACAUGCCAGCCACCUUCGGUGUACGACAGCAAGAAUUGCACACUUGGAGGGUCGCCAUCGUAUGUCAUCGCUGCGAAGACAGUGUCGGAUAUACAAUCUGUCAUCAAUUUCUGCCGGAACGACUUUCUGCGCUUGGUGGUGAAGAACACAGGACACGACUUUUCGGGAAAGAGUACGGGACAUGGCGCAUUUAGUAUCUGGACGCAUGGACUCAAGGAUAUGCAGUACUUUGACAGCUAUGUGGACGAAUCGGGGUACAAGGGACCAGCGAUUAAGGCUGGUGCUGGAGUGCAGGCGUUUGAGCUUUACAAGUUUGCGGAUCAAAAGGGCGUUGUGGCGGUGGCUGGCGAAGGACAGACCGUUGGUAUAUUUGGAGGAUACAUUCAAGGAGGUGGGCACUCGCCCCUCAGCUCAAUAUACGGCAUGGCAGCAGACCAUGUCCUCGGCUUUGAAGUUGUCACACCUCUUGGAGACUUUGUGACUGCGAACUCGACCAACAACCAGGAUUUGUUCUGGGCUCUAAGAGGCGGAGGCGGAGGUACAUUCGGAGUAGUGACAUCCGUCACAAUCAAAGUCUACAAAGACAUGCCCGUCUCCGCCGCAUCAUGGACCCUCUCCAGCUCCAAAAUCGGCAAGGAGAAAUUUUGGGCAGCCACAAAAGCAUUCUUCGACCGCGCAACCGACAACGCCGAUGCAGGAACAUACGCCUACUUCCUCCUCGCUCCCACCGGAACGGACUUCACUCUAACCAUGCAGCCCUUCUUCGCGCCCAACAAAACUUCUGCCCAACUCAACACCCUCCUCGCCCCAUACCUCUCAAAAUUGACAUCUCUCAACAUACCCUUCUCACCCAAAAUCACAGAGUACAAAUCCUUCUACCCCGCCUGGCAAGCUGAAUUCCCCGUCGAGGCCUCGUCAGGCAAUAAUGCCAUCAUAAGUUCGCGCCUGCUUCCGCGCUCAAACUUCGCCAGCGAAACAGGCCGCAACACGACCUUCGCCGUGCUCCGCCGCACUGUCGAAGCAAACCACACACUUAUAGCGUUCAACAUGGCCACCCGCGGCAGCAACCCUUCCAACGCCGUGAAUCCCGCGUUCCGCAACUCAGUAUACCACGUCAUCGUCGACCGGCCGAUCGACCCAGCUGCCUCAGCGUCUACGUUGAACGCUGUAAGAACAGCGUUUACCAACGGCACGAUGAAGGCGUGGCGCGACGUCUCGCCGGGCAGUGGGGCGUAUGUCAAUGAGGCGGAUCGCGUGGAGCCGGAUUGGCAGCGCAGUUUUUGGGGGGACGGGUAUGAGCGGCUUAGGGCGAUUAAGAGGGAGAUGGAUCCGAGGGAUGUGUUUUGGGCGAGUAGGGCGGUGGGGAGUGAGGGGUGGGGCGUGGAGAGGGGGGAUGGAGCGAGCAGUGAGGAUGGGAAGUUGUGUCGGGUUGGGACGUGA